CACGCCACAAGACUCGGGAGCCGUGCCAGAACCAAGAAACCCGUGGUCGGGCUCUGGACAGAUUCCACCGCCAUGCUGCAGAUGAAGGCCCGGGGAACGCUGCGACUCGCCUACAACACUCGCCGUCUCUCUGGUUGGGCUUUGAGGCUCAAAAACACGCAGCAGAGGCCGCUGUGGAAGAGACCGCCCUAACCCUAAGAUUACACUGCACCGCUGCUCGCCGUUUGGAACGUGUCCUCAAACGCAACUCGCCUCGCCUCGCCUCGUCGGCCUUGCACAACAUCAGCGAGGCUUAUGCCGGCCGCCGACGCACCUCCUCUCACGCCAGCCGUGUGGUGAUGCUAUGCUCGCACAGCCAUGGGCCCACUCAUGACAACCGCCAUCAGGGCGCUCUUCCUCAAGGCCGGGGCCAACAUAACCGCCCAGUUGGCCUCGCGAUGGCACUCGCAGGACCCCUUGCCCCCGCCCAUCGACCGCCAGCGUAUUCUCGAGUUCGCCAUCUACGGCUUCUUCCAGGCACAGCUUGGCUACUGCUGGCACAUCUUCCUCGAGCGCAUGUUCCCUAGCCGCCACUCGCUCCCGGCAGAGUCGCCCGCCCCACCAAAGCCCGAGAAGAAGGACGACGACGAGGAGCGCCGCAUGAGCACAGAGGGCACCUCUGCAAAGUUCCUAGAGUCCCUCAGGGCCACACGCUCCGGCGUCAGAUGGCCAUGCAUCGUCGCAAAGCUGGUCCUCGACCAGACCGUCGGCAUGGUCACCUUUCUCACCAUCUUCCUCGUCUGGACCAACUGGUUCCGCGUCGACACCUUUGCUGAGAUAGCCGCCAUCUGGAGGGCAAAGUUGUUUGUGAUACUGUCCACCGGCUGGAUGAUAUGGCCCUGGGUCAUGCUGCUUAAUUUCGUCUUCGUCCCGGUAGAGAAACGCCAGUUCGUUGCCGUCUGCGUCGGCUUCUGCUGGAAUGUCAUUCUGAGUCUUCUCACACAUCCCGACCCACCUCACUCGCAUCACUAAGCCACGACGCGGGCCGGAGGCUGAAACUCUCCUCCAUGUAUUCACAUCUGAAGACAGAUAUGAUGCUGCCGUCCAUCCCUUCUAUCUGCUCACGACCCGGUGAAAGGCCCCUUGCCUCGCUCUUGGCAUGCUUCAUCUGGGCUCUGUCAACGUGGGUGCACACCAAAUCGCAGCACACCCACUUUGUGGGCCUGCCUCGGCAGCCUCAUGAUUGUCGAGCGGUCUGUGUGACUACCCUCUUGAUGCUCAUCCAGUAUCAGCCGGCUCGCAAAAGUUCAGCUGGCCCCAAGCCCCUUGCUCGAAGAGGAGGCAGGCGGAAAGGGAAAAGGGAAAGAACCUCACGGGUCCUCGGCCAGCGUGAAGUCUGAACGUGGACAUUUGGAUCCGCCAACCCAGGUGUCAUCUGGUUCUGGUGUAGUUGCACGAAAGAGUGCGAAAAGCACAUGAAACUAUUUGACGAGAGGCCUUGCUCGCACGAGAUCAAGUGCUCGCACGAUGUUGCAACACACUUUCGCCGAGAGGCCAUGUGAUAUAUAGCCUUGCUUUCUUCGGUUCAGAGGACAGGGGUCCUGGGUUGGAAAACAGAGUGUUGGAUGAUACGGAUCUCGAUGCACUCAGUUGAAGCUGGACGCCCUCUUUAGGCAGACAAAGACACAGUACCAUUCAAAAGCGCCUUUCCCUGCCUAGAGGUGGCUCGUUCAGCAUGCACAAGCCUGUCCUAUUGAUGAUCAGACCUAUGCACGAGACAGUGUGGUGGUUUUGCACUCCUGGUACGAAAACAUGUGUACCCGAAGGCUUCGUUCGGCUAAGAAAUAAGAGCAUAGUAUGACGGUACGGGCUUAUCUGGUUUCGCUUCUAUUCCGCAUACGUCCAAGGACAUACAUGGUGCCUUCAUACAGUGGUAAACGCUCAAAGACCCAUCUUUUGAGAAAGCACAUGACGAUAAUAAUAUAGGGAAAGAAGGCAAUUGGCGCGUCAGCAAAGCGCCUAUUCAAACUCG